CACAAACAGCCCAAACGCAGUCAGCAAAAGCUUUGCACAUGCUCCGUCUGGCCCUGUGAAUCCUCACUCAUUGAGAUUUCUAUUGGUUUAAAGCCACCUUCCAGCCGCUGAAGCUCCGAGACCCUGCAGCAUUUCCCUGGCCCAGAUCCAAGAUCCCUGCUUAUUUUUUGCCGUUCUUGUGGUAAAGGAUGAGACAGGCUACCAUGGAUUUCAGCACCUCGUCUGUGUUUGAUCAGCAAAAAGGUGACUCAUCUGAGGAGGUUGACCUGACCAUGGUGUAUCAGGCGGCAUCUAACGGAGAUGUCAAUGCUCUGACUGCCGUGAUUCGAGAGGACCCGUCCAUCCUGGAAUGCUACGACAGCGAAGGGUGCACACCCUUGAUGCACGCCGUCUCUGGGCGUCAAGUGGACACGGUGAAACUGCUGUUGAAGAUGGGCGCCAACAUUAAUACCCAGGAUGCUUAUGGCCGCACCAGCUUAUGCCUGGCAACCUAUCUGGGCUGGCUUGAAGGCUGUGUGAGUCUGCUCAGAAACGGGGCCAAGCACAACAUCCCAGAUAAAAAUGGCCGCCUGCCACUGCACGCUGCCACUGCGGAGCCCGAUGUGAGGGUCCUCAUAGCCCUGCUGCAGCAGUCCAGCCUCUGUGAAAUCAACCACCAGGACACAGAGGGGAUGACACCACUCCAUUGGGCAGCUUUCCACAACCGGCCUCAACACACCCAAAUGCUGUUGAAGAAGGGGGCAGACCCCACCCUCGUGGACAAGGACUUUAAAACAGCUCUCCACUGGGCCGUCCAGAGUGGAAACAGGAUUCUGUGCUCCAUCAUUCUGAGUCACCACCAGGGCCCAUCCAUUAUCAACUACGACGAUGAGAGUGGGAAGACGUGUGUCCACAUCGCCGCAGCUUCCGGUUUCGGUGACAUUAUCAGCGAUCUGGCAAAAGUCCCCGAGUGUAACCUGCAGGCCCUGGAUGUGGAUGACAGGACACCCCUGCACUGGGCUGCGGCUGCCGGCAAAGCAGAGUGUGUCCAGUCAUUGCUGGAGCUGGGCAUGGACAGCAACCUGAGGGACAUUAACGAGAGCACGCCCCUGGCCUACGCCCUGUACUGUGGUCACACAGCCUGUGUUAGGCUCCUCUCCCAAGAAGGCCGAGCAGAACCUUCUCAGCCUCUCCCUUCCCAGAACAGCCGACCCCAGAAGAAGGAAGGACGAUUCAGUGUGCUCAACCAAAUCUUCUGCAAGAACAAGAAAGAAGAGCAGACAGCCCACCAGAAAGACCACACCAGGGGCAGAUACAAGGAGGGCGACACCUCGGAAGUCAAUGACAUCAUCGCCACCUUUGACAGCGUCGUGGAUACCAACUGCCAAGAUCAGCCUGGUGGCCAGGUGGCUAUGGUUGUCUUUAAGAAGAGGACCUCAGAGAAUUCAAAGUAUCUCUUGCCAGAAAGGAAACCUCUGGCCCGGAAGGGGCUUCCACCAAUCAGAACACAGAGUCUCCCGCCCAUCACCCUGGGCAAUCACUUCCUGACAGGCUCCCAUGGAGCUACUUCCCAUGUAGGCCUGAGUUCUGGUCCUCAGCACACUGCCCCACGUUCUCAGAAGAGUCGGAGCGAGCAGGACUUAUUAAAUAAUGUGGCUGGCUGCCAGGUGUCACUAGAUCAUCCCUGGAAGGGUGACACUAACCCCGUGUUCUCCUGCAAGGCUUGGACCGUGUCUUCUUCUGAUAAGUUGCUAGACAAGCUAUUUGCUGGCCAGCCUGGUCACCAGGAGCCCUCUGGGCCACUUCAUCUUCCUCAUCUACAUAACUCCUCACCAGGGAGCUGCCGCGCCUGCAGAGUCCCCAGGGCUCCCGCGGUCUCCGCGGGCCCUCGGGGGAGAGACCGCCGGGGGAGGCAGCCGAGCGGGAUCGCGGGCGACCUCCGGGCUGCGGUCCGCGACCCGAUCCCCUGGGGGAGACGCAGCCUCCCGCCGCGGCCACCCGCGGAGGAGCAGCGGCGGGGCCUUGGACGCCGUCCGGGAGAGGCGGCGGGGCUCGGCCUCCCGAAUCCGGGACGCCUGCCGGGAGCCGCGUUACGGGAAUCGCCGAGGCACGCAGCCCCGCCCCUUCGUCUCCUGCGACCCCGGACCAAUGGCCACACGCUCCGGGACUGGCCAGGGCCAAUCAGCUCCGGGUCUCCGCCGUGGGGGCGGGGCCACAAGGGGCGGGGCCAGGAGAGCCUCGGUCUUCGGCGGCGGCGGCGGCGGUGGCGGAGGUGGCGGUGCCGGCGCGAGCUCUGCGAUCCGAGCCAGCCGGGCUGCGGCUCAGCCGAGGGGCGGGCGGAGCGGAGCGGGCCCGGGUCGGCGGGGCUGCGGCACGGCCUGAGGCGAGGCGAGGUGAGCAGGCCGGGCGGGCGGGCGGGCGGGCGGGAGCGCGCGCACCGGGCCCACGGGCCCUCGGGCCGGCCGGGAACCCCCACAUUCCUCGCGUCCCCGCCCCCGGCUCCCGCGGGGCCGCGCGCCCUGCCCGGGUGA